UGUACUUAUCAUACAAUGGAGGCACAACUCAAGGAGCUCAUCCCAUUCUUAAGGGAUAAAAAUCCACAGGUCCGACAAAUAGCCCUGUCAAAUCUGCUCGGGCAAACACCAGAAGGAUCUCCGCACAGAAACAUUUUUUACCAUGGCCUCGGAGGAGCAGGCUUGCAGAAACCUAAGGAAACGGAUAUUAUCCGUGAUCUCAAGCUUUUAUGCCGGGAUCAACUCGCCGUCGCACAUGAUGCUUUCCGUGCAUUAGUCAAUCUUUCCGAUUCAGCACUGCUAGUGCCAUUUUUGUCGGAACCAGCUUUUCUCACUUUCUUGGUAUCGUACAUCUUGAACGCAGAUUCCAUACUUGCAGAUCUGGCAUCCAUGUUGCUUUCCAAUUUAACCGCUUCAUCUUCACCAUGCGCAGCCCUUUUAGCCUUAAAGGUUCCCAUACUAAAAAUAUCAUCUUCAUCAAGUCCUCUUUUCCCAACCCUGUCCCGCUCUGGAACCUGUUCUGCGCCAGUACCUUAUCCAUCAGGAGAGCCGCAGGAUAUCCUCGCUUUACCGCUCCUUAUCGAUGCAUUCGUAGAAGGUGUAUCAAUAGAUCCUUCCGGAGAUAGAGCUCCCCGAAAGCGGAAAGGAGAGCUGCACUUCCUCGCCAGUGUCUUUGCCAAUAUCAGCACAUCUCCAGCUGGCCGCACGUUCUUCGUCACUUCACGACCGACGGAUCCUUUGGAUCCCAAUAGUACCAACGAGUAUCCUCUCGCCAAAAUAGUCGCGUUCACGGAACAUCAAGACACAAUACGACGUGGUGGUGUUGCCUCGACAUUGAAGAACUGCGCUUUUUCUUCACAAGUUCACCGAGCAAUACUAUCUCCCGACACCGAAGCUGUUGCCGUUCCUCCAUCCACAUUGUCUGCUCCGGGUGUCGAUGCAUUGCCUUACAUUUUACUACCGCUAGCAGGCCCAGAGGAACUUGAUCUAGAAGACCAAGAAAAAUUGCCAUCUGCACUUCAGUUCCUUCCAUCCACGAAAAAGCGGGAUCCGGAUCCUGCCUUGCGUUUCACGCAUGUUGAAACACUACUGCUUCUAUGUACCACGCGAUGGGGCCGAGACUAUCUCAGGGAUCAUGGGGUGUAUGAGAUUAUUAGAGGAGCACACAUGGAGGAGACUGUCGACAAGGUAUCUGAGCACAUCGAGCGCCUCAAAACAGCCGAUGACUUCGAUGUGGUGCGUGUUGGAGGUCAAGAAGAUGACGACGACGAAGAUAACAGAAUCGAAGAAGUAUAAGUAGUCGUGAAAAAAAUAAUUCUCUGAUUGAGAUUUUGUCACCAUUAGAUAUUACGUGCGCGAGCUUUAGGUGGGAUUACUCUUUUCUGACAUGUGGCUGAGAAGUAUGUACUCACUGAAC